GAAGCCAGGGAGAGUAAGACUCGCUUACUUCUUCCCUUCUUCUUCCUUUCCAAUCAAAAGACUCGCUCUUUCUCUCUGUCUGUCUACGUGUGUGUCUCUAUUUCUCUCUUAUUAUCUCUGUGAGAUCAUCAAUCUUCUACCAGAUUGUUUUCAGAGUUCUGUUUCAAAUCUCAUAAUAGAAACACACCAAACGCAAUGACAGUUGAUUGCACUGCAAUCGUAUCUCUCGAUGGUCGAGAGGAUAAAAAAGACGAGCAACAAUCUCUGGUUUUCGAUGCCUCGGUGCUUCAAUACCAACCCAACAUACCCACACAAUUUGUGUGGCCGGACGAUGAGAAGCCCAGUGCCGAGGCUCCAGAACUCCGGGUUCCGCUCAUCAACUUAGGCAAGGUCCUUUCCGGGGAUCCAGUUGCAGCCUUGGAAGCGUCGAGGCUGGUCGGAGAGGCCUGUAAGAAGCAUGGAUUCUUUGUGGUUGUAAAUCAUGGAGUGGAAGCACGACUCAUCGCCGACGCUCAUCGCUAUAUGGAUUUGUUCUUUGGUAUGCCGCUCCACCAGAAGCAGAGGGCUCAGAGGAAGCCCGGUGAGAGCUGUGGAUACGCUAGUAGCUUCACUGGCAGGUUCUCUUCCAAACUCCCCUGGAAAGAGACCCUCUCCUUUAGCUACAUGGCUGACGUACAAUCAAACACUACCGUGGAAGAAUAUUUCCUGAACGUCCUGGGUGAAGGUUUCAGGGAUUUCGGGAGGGCGUACCAAGAGUACUGUGAAGCAAUGAGCACUCUCUCAGUUAGGAUCAUGGAGCUCCUCGGGAUGAGCCUCGGAGUAGGCCCAACCCAUUACAGGGAUUUCUUUGAAGGAAAUGAUUCUAUCAUGAGACUUAACUACUACCCACCGUGCCAGAAACCCCUUCUCACACUUGGAACGGGGCCUCACUGUGACCCAACCUCUUUAACCAUCCUUCAUCAGGACCAGGUCGGCGGCCUUCAAGUGUUCGUCGACGGCCAAUGGCGCUCUAUCAGUCCCAAUUCUGAAGCUUUCGUCGUCAACAUCGGAGAUACGUUCAUGGCUCUUUCCAAUGGACAAUAUAAGAGUUGCUUGCACAGAGCAGUCGUGAACAGCAAAACACCAAGGAAAUCUCUUGCUUUCUUUCUGUGUCCACAGGUGGACAAGGUUGUGUGCCCGCCGAGAGGACUGGUAGACUCGGAGCAUCCAAGGAUGUACCCAGAUUUCACAUGGUCGUCGCUGCUCGAGUUUACUCAGAAACACUACAGGUCGGACAUGAAGACCCUUGACACCUUCUCCAAUUGGCUUCGACAAGAAAACAAACGAAGAGAUAUAAUAUAGCCGACCUUCUUCUCUUCUCAUCGUCCCGACCUUCCGGGCCGGGGGACCAGGAAUUGUUGUUAGGAGGAUCGGCGGCAAGAGAAAAUCAAACAGAAAGCCAAGUCUCUGGGCGGGAGCUAGGAGUUGCCGGUGAAAGCAAGGGAGGGAAAAACAGAAGAAAAUUAAGCAAGAAAGAACGAUUAAAUUAAAUUUUAAACAAGGUCAUCAGCUCAUUUUUCAAUUUUAUUUAGUUCUACGAGAAAGCAUUGAAAUGGGAAAGACCAUCAACAAAUUAAAUGGCCAGCUAGCUAGAGGACUUCAUGUAAAACAAAACAGAGCACUUUGCUUGAUUGUUGAAGGAAUUAAAUAACGGAAUGAACUUCAUGUAAAACGAAAACGAAAACGGAAAUGGAACCCUUUUUUGGAAUAAGUG